AUGGAUUCCGAUGGGAUGUGGAGAUGUGCAGGGCCAGGGUGUUCUUCAGUGGCUUACGGAGCAUCGGAGGAAUUGGGCCCUUUCGGAUCAACAAAACCGUUCAAGUCUCUAUCUCAACAAGUAUUCCUGGAACAGAGUGGCAAAUCUUCUGUUUCUGGAAUCACCUGCAGAGUUGGCUUCUCCUACACCAACACAAGUUCUGACCUUAAGGAUUCUGGGGACAAGAGAACUGCUCAGGAUGCUUUAAUUUUCCUAAUUAGAUGGUUCUCAAGAUUUCCUCAGUACAAAUACAGAGACUUCUACAUUGCUGGGGAGAGCUAUGCCGGUACUCUCGUGCUUGUCCAUGCAGGUCAUUAUGUUCCGCAAUUGACCAAGAAAAUUCAUGAUUAUAACAAACAACUUUCCCACCCAAACAUCAAUCUCAAAGGCUUCAUUGUGGGAAACGCCGUGACAGAUUACCACUACGACGGCAUAGGAACGGCGUCGUAUUGGUGGACCCACUCCAUGAUCUCCGACCGGACCUACAAGUCCAUCCUUCAGCACUGCAACUUCGCGCCGCAGGAAAAGCCAACACGGUUAUGCGACGCCGCCGUUGACUACGCCAUGAACCACGAGUUCGGCAAUGUCGACCCGUACAGCAUCUACACCCCCACUUGCCAGCGGGCCAAUAACGGCUCCGCAACCCUCCGGCGGCCGGUGAGGCUGAGGAACACCCUGCUCCGACGGAGGGUGGCGGGUUAUGACCCGUGUACAGAGAGUUACGCGGAAAAGUAUUAUAACCGACCCGAUGUGCAAAGGACCUUACACGCUAAUACAACGGGGAUUGCUUAUAAGUGGACGGCCUGCAGUGACGUCCUUAUAAAGAAUUGGAAAGAUUCAAAACCUUCCAUGCUGCCCACAUACGAGGAGCUAAUGGCGGCUGGUCUUAGAAUAUGGGUUUUCAGUGGAGACACAGAUUCGGUCGUACCAGUGACUGCCACAAGAUUCUCAUUGAACCACCUCAACCUCACCGUCAAGACCCGGUGGUACCCAUGGUACUCCGGCCCCCAGGUGGGAGGGUGGACAGAGGUAUACGAAGGGUUAACCUUUGCCACAGCAAAGAACUACCAAAGUCAUAACAGUCUCAGUUGGAACAUUAUUCAGUACUACUGUCAUCUGGCAAUAGCAUACAUAUAG